AUGGAAAGAUUGAGGUUUGAUUUUAUUGUGAAACCGUCAGAAGAUGAAAAAUCAAACAUCAUUUGCAUAGACACGAUCGCUACAACUGGUGGACAGGUUUUUGCAAUUCCGGCCGAGUUUCAGCCUGCAAAUUUACACCUAGCUGUAAUAAAAACUCCCAACUACAUUAAAGUAAAAAAAUCUUUAAAGAAAAGAUAUCAAACUAGAAAAGUAUGGAUAACCAUUACAGAAGAGUUAUCAAAUAUAUAUUUAGAUGAGGAGCAGAAUAUUCAGUUUAAUGAUUUUUACCUAGAAGAAAUUUUGAAAAAAGUAGAUAAUGCUGAACCUAUACCUAGUGGCUCAAAUGAAUCGUUUGAAAAACUUUUAGAGAAAUUAAUUGAAAAAAACAAACAAAAUCUGAAACUCCAAAUUUAG